AUGAAGCUCCCAACCUUGACCCUUGCCGUUCUGGCUCUUCAGACACUCGGAGUGUCUGCUGCGGCCUUAAAGGCUCGCCUCACACCUCUGCAAAACGACUGCGAUCUUCCCGAAGGCGAUCCCCAAGGCGCUGACUGCACGUCCGAGGUAGUCACCCGACAAGAUGGCGGCAUCCCUCUUGGUCUGACUUCGAUCACCGUCGGCACCGCGACGAACUCGUCCGGAACCAUCGUUCCUAUCUCCAUCCCCUAUACACUCUCCCACGACCCUACAGCCCCGCUCAGUGGAAGCGGCACCACGGUCUUUGACUCUUGCCUGAAAAGCGCAACCUUGGUUCCCGGUGACGUGCGCAGUUCGUCGCUGGCGGCGUUCUCGUCGGCUGAAUGCACCUUCUACACCAGCAGUGUGGACAUUGGGGACGGGGAUGCCACGUGUGAGGGUGGACUCGUGGCAUCGGCGUCUACCGACGACCCUACUCCAAUAACGUUUAACAAGCCGGUGCUUUGUAUGACGUGCACUUACUCCUGA